CAUUAUCACAGCAACACGGGAAAUCCAACUCACAGAAAACCCAUAUAAAAAGGUGGUAUGUGCAGUGAGAAGGCUAGAGAGUAGAUUGAUCAUGCAGUGGAACGUGGUGUUUAUAGCGGUACUGGGGGUAUUUAACGUACAAUAUGUUUUGUCGGAUGAAUUAGUAGCUGAAGGGCAGAAUGUUGGUGAUCUGGUGGAUAACGAUGAUUUAUUGCCCACUUCUGGUGAUCUGUCGAGAGUAAGCAGAGAUUCCGGUCUUGUGGGGGAUCUUCUUACACCAUCUUCAGAGUCUGAACCUGGAAGUAGUCAAAAUGGUGGUCUUCCAGGCGGUUUGCUCGGAGGUCAAAAUGGUGGUGAUGGACAAAGCGGAGGAGUUGUGCCGGAUCUGCUUAAACAACUGCUAGGACCUGUACCUGGAAGUGGUCAAAAUGGUCUUCCAGGCGGUUUGCUCGGAGGUCAAAAUGGUGGCGAUGGACAAAGCGGAGGGGUUGUGCCGGAUCUUCUUACACAGCUGUUAGGGCCUGUAGCUAGUAGUGGUCAAAAUGGUGGUGAUGGUCAAAGCGGAGGAGUUGUGCCGGAUCUUCUUACACAGUUGUUAGGACCUGUAGCUGGUAGUGGUCAAAAUAGUGGUAAUGGUCAAAGCGGAUGUGCCGGAUCUUCUUACACAGCUGUUAGGACCUGUAGCUGGUAGUGGUCAAAAUAGUGGUAAUGGUCAAAGCGGAGGAGUUGUGCCGGAUCUUCUUACACAGCUGUUAGGGCCUGUACCUGGAAGUGGUCAAAAUGGAGACCUUCUAGGCGGUUUGCUCGGAGGUCAAAAUGGUGGUACUGGACAAAGCGGAGGGGUUGUGCCGGAUCUUCUUACACAGCUUUUAGGGCCUGUACCUGGAAGUGGUCAAAAUGGAGGCCUUCUAGGCGGUUUGCUCGGAGGUCAAAAUGGUGUUACUGGACAAAGCGGAGGGGUUGUGCCGGAUCUUCUUACACAGCUGUUAGGGCCUGUACCUGGAAGUGGUCAAAAUGGAGGCCUUCUAGGCGGUUUGCUCGGAGGUCAAAAUGGUGGUACUGGACAAAGCGGAGGACUUGUGCCGGAUCUUCUUACACAACUGUUAGGGCCCGUACACGGAAGUGGUCAAAAUAGUGAUCUUCUCGGCCUGCUUCUCGCCCAGCUUCUCGGAGAAUUAAGUGGAGGCAACGGAGGAGGAAAUUGUAACAACAAUAACGGAGGCGACAAAGGUUGUGGAGGAAAAUGCAGUUGUCAAGACGGUGAUAAUUGCUCUGGAAAACCUGGUACCACGCUCAAAUGCGUAUGCCAAUGCACCGGUAAUAUUAACGGGAAAUUUCCUUGUUACCUUUACCAGCCAAGCUAUGCCACUUAUGGAAAUCCCAGUUUUGGUGUCCAACACUACUCAUCAUAUUAUGACCCAUAUAACUCCUUGGACGGGGGUGGACAAGAUUUAGUGGGAUUGGGAAGCGAAAAUGUACUUGUUUCAAAUGACCUCUGAAUGCUGACAGUGUACUCGUAUGAUUUGGUUUGUGUACCUCCCUCCUCAUAAAAAUUACUUAAUUAUUGUUAAAUCUGAACAAUUCAUAAUUGUAACUUUCAUUGCAUGAAUAAAAUACUAAAACUUUCAAACUUUC